UGGAUGAUGGAUACCCCGGAUUAACACAGUCAGCACCUGUAGCUGCUUCCCGUAAGAAAGAUGGCGGCUGGUGCCUUCCAGUCCAGGACGCCUCACAGUCCGUUGUCUGGGACAUCUAAAGGGCUGACUGCUAGAGAUACUUUAUCUACAUCUUUUCACCCGUACCCUAGUGGGAGCACGUUCCUUAACUCUGACCUGCAGGGUUCCCCAGGCAGGCCGGUUCUCGCAUAUCCAGAGAGUAACAGCAGAGCCAUAUUCUCCGCUUUAAAAAACCUCCAAGAAAAGAUCCGGCAGCUCGAAUUAGAGCGUCUCAGUGCUGAGAAUAACAUCCGACAACUAUCAAAGGAAACGCUGGGCUAUAAGCAAAAGCUGGAGAAACAAGUGCAGUACACAGACCAGGUUGAUGUGUCAGGGAAAAAUAAAGACCUGUCCAGACAGCUGUCAGCAGCAGAAUCCCGAUGCAGUCUUUUGGAAACGCAGCUGGAAUACAUGAAGAGGAUGGUACAGAAGGCAGAGACAGAGAGAAAUUCUGUACUAGAAAAGCAGGUAUCUCUUGGAGGUGAUAGAACACUGGAAAAAUCUAACUUCCAGUCGCAGCUGGCAAAGCUGGAUAUGUUGGAACAGGAAUACCUGAAACUGACCACAAUGCAGGUCCUGGCAGAGAAUAAAAUCCGUGAUAUAGAACAGAAGCUAAAAGAGGAGGAGUACCAGCGCAAGCUUGUACAAGAGAAAGCAGCCCAGCUGCAGACCGGUUUAGAAACAAAUCGGAUUCUGCUGAAGUCUCUAACUCCUCCUACAAAACAAGUGAAGAGCAAGAGAAGAACAUUGGACGCUGAGAAGAAGGCUGGCCCGCUGAGCGGUAGCCCCCCACAGAUCCACUAUAGAUUGAGUCUCGGAGAUGUGCCGUUUGUUGCAGGAAAGUCCACAUCUCCCAGUCACUCUGUCCGAGCCAAUGUCCAGCACGUCCUGCAUAUGAUGAAGCAGCACCAUAAAGUCUUCUGCAAUGACCGCGUUGUGAGCGAUCAGCCUAUAGAAAGCAAAGAGAGCGGAGUGAGGUGGACACACGAGUCCCUUUCAUCUCCCACCUCUUACCAGGAACUCUCUGAGGUUUUGCACACCCUGGAAGAUGAAUUCGGGCAGAUGAGUUUUGAUCACAAGGAACUUGUGAAGCAGAUCUACGAGGCCCAUUCCGACCGACUGAAAGCAGAUUUGGAGGAAGAGCUGAUGAUCCUAGUGAGGAGAAUGGAGGCGAAAGCAGACCAGAUAACCAAAGUGCGCAAACACCAGGCAAGGCUUGCAAAAUUACUGAGGGAGUCCAAGCCAAAAAAGAAGGUUGCGUACGAUUCUUUGACAAGAGACCCAAUGCACAUUUGGGGAGGGAAAGAUCUGGGCAAAGCCAGUCCUGGAGACAGGAGUCGAAAGAGUCUCCAGUUGCUGCGAGACAUGCAGACCCUGCAGAGCUCCCUCCAGAAGGACGACUUACACUGGGAGGAAUGAUCGCUGAUCACAGGGAACAAGGACUCCGUUGGAUUCCCAGCCUAGCUGCUGUAAAUGCCUUUGCCUUGAAUUUUUAUUUAAUACAGUAAAUUUAUCGGGCUGUAAAGACUCUCUGGGUGCUGUUACCGAAGUGUUGGUCAAAGGAAUUUAAGAGAAAUCAGCAAGAUUCCAAAAUGGAAUUAGCGGGAUUCCAGUUGUCUCCAGCACCCGUUCUGAAAGCUGGCCCUUAUGAAUGUAUUUUAUUUAUUACUGCGCCGUCAUUCCUGCAGCCCAGGUGGGUUUCCAACAUUACUUUCUCCAACAGUCAUCGGGGGAACACAGUUAGCCAUAAAGUGAGUGAGAGAAAGACAAGAGCCAACCGCCUACUCUACGUAACAUGUGGAUGCUGGACAUUUACCAAGAGAAUUACUUGAUCGUGGCUGCGUGUGUCACCUGGCCAGCAGAAGCACCAUUGUUCUAGGCCCAGAAAAGGCCUGUACGCUGAACAGCAAGUCCAACGGAGGAGAGCAGACGCCACCAAGGAACGCCAUAUCCUGUGAUGGGAUGUCUGCUUGUUUCAGGGCAUAGGUCUGCAAACUCGGUCCUCAUUACCCCACACAGUGCAUGUUUUGCAGGUCUCCUAACAGAAUCACAAGUGAAAUAAUUAACUCCACCUGCGGACCUUUUAAAAUGUGUCUGCGAGUAAUUAAUACACCUGUGCACCUGCUGGGUUACCUGCAAAACAUGCACUGUGUGGGGUAAUGAGGACCGAGUUUGCAGACCUAUGUUUUAAGGUCUAGUGACGUUGUUGGCUAUCGUUGGUUGUCUUGUUAUUGCACUAUGUAAAUUGUCUCUUCUCUGCUGAAGGUGUUCAGAAGUCCCCCACUAGCUGCUCCUUAUUGUCGUUGAAGGAUCCCUUCCCUAUAUUUGCGUUUUUAAAGUGUGAUACAGAAAACUGGAUUUCAAAUAUUGAAAUCUGUUCGUUACUUGUGUGAAGGAUCGCACUGCUCAGGGAAAUGGUCCAGGCUGUACCUAUAAUCUGGACAACAUACAGGAGUAUAACCUGUUUCUGUGCUCUUAUAAUGGCAUGAAUGCUUAUUCUGCAGAUGCGUUGUUACUGUCAGCUGACAUGACCGCUUGCUGUUGGAUCCAGGCCAGCAGCCGUGCUAUGCUUUGCACAGACUACUAAAUAAAUGUUUUUGGUUUUUUUAAAUUGAUAUAAAUGGGAACUCAUUUAUGGAGUACAGUCCCCAGAAUUUAAUGUUAAUCCAAUAGAUGUGCCACUAAUUAAGGUGUAACCUAUUACAGUAAUUAGGAGCACUGGGAUGGUGUUGCGUUUUGUGACUAGAACAGAUCUAUGUCUUCAUACAACCUUGGUUCUGUCACACAAAAUCAUGUUCUUUAUUUGGGGUUGUUUUUUUUUUUUUUUUCUUUUCUUUUUGUGAUGUUUCACGAACCGUGUAUACAGAAUUUAUUAUCCUUGCUAUAAAAUAGUAUUUAUUUGUAUUAAUUUUUUGUAAGCCCUUUAUAGUAUAUAAAAUCAUGUUAAGGGGGAUCUUUUUAUAUGGUAUGUAAGGAACAUUGCUUAUCAUACAUUUACUUUUGGGUAAAUAUACUCCACCUUGGCGUUAGCAUAAGUGAUCUGUAGUUAGACACAUGGUCUUUCCAUCUGUUACUAUUUGUUAAACAAUUUGGCUUCAGAAGUUUUCUCCAUAAAGUGCUAAAUGCACAGUCCCUACUUAUUACUAGUCACUCCUAACAAUGGGAAACUGCUCAUAUAGACGUGUAUCAUGUGGGUGCUUGGUGAUGUGUUCUGAUCAAUCUGUAACUCCACACGCACCCUUUUCUGUGUGUGUGUGUGUGUGUGUGUGUGUGUUUCUCUUACGUCCUAGAGGAUGCUGGGGACUCCAAAAGGAC